CCCAAAUAGGAGUAAAACAAAGGCAAAGUGUGGAGCCCUAUUUAUUUUUCUCAAAGCUCCUCGUUCCUCUCACUCUCAGUCUCGCACUCCCAGAAACAACAAAAUGGCACUAAGCACUUCAGUCAGAUGAAAACCCAGAUCAUGCUACGAAACCUCGCUUGCAACAUUGCUUCAUCUCUCUGAAACGCUCUUCCUCCGAUUCUACCCUAGAAGAAGAAUGUUUAUGGUGCAUUUGUUUAUAUCUUGGAAAUCUUUUGAAUUAAGGGCGUUUUACAUUUGGGUGUCUGUAGCAAAAGUAACAGUUCACUGAUUAUAAAUGGCGCCAAGGCCCAAUCCAAAAAUAGCAGCGGCCCUCCAGGCAAUGACAGCGUUUGGGAUUCCUGAAGCAAAAGUGAAACGGGUGCUUAAGAAACUCCUAAAGUUGUUUGAUAAAAACUGGCAACUUAUCGAGGAAGAGAACUAUAGAGCUUUAUUGGAUGCUAUAUUUGAAGAAGGCGAUGAUUUUGAGGAGCCAGAACCACAAAAGAAAAACAAGAGAGUAAAUGAAGAAGAGACGGAGGCUGAGGAAGCUCCAUUAAAUGUUGAAUCUGCUCGACCUUUGAAAAGAUUGAGAUUAAGAGGACAAGAGAACAGUUCCCCUAGCUCAGCUUCUUCCCCAUUGAAGAAGUCUAACAUAGAAAAGGCCACAGCACUUGAGGGCGGCUCUUCACAGCAGCCUCGAAACAACGUAGUGUCAUCCGAUGGAAAUGGAAGGGUUGCAGCACGUCCCAUGCGCGAUGCUAGUUUUGACAGGGGAAAGCAACCUGCAUCACCACAUGCUUCUUAUGAAUUUACCGUACCUAAAUCUGAGCCCGUUGACGAGGAAGAUUAUGAGCGGCGUCCCCUUGCAAUGGUUCCCCCUGAACCAUCAAGCUUAAGGCGCUAUUCAAGGAAGAAUGGUGUUACUGAAAAGCAAGGUGCCCAUGUCUCCAUGACACCAUCACACCAUAACACACAUAAAGAAGUGGUUUCUGAUGUUGUGAUAGCCUCUUCAGCUCAGGGAGAAGUAAAACUUUCUCUUAGCUGCAGCUCAGCUCUUCAGGGACCAGAUUUCCGCAUGCCUACUCAAGAACAACUUCUAAAGAUGAUAGAGGAUAAAUGUCUGCGAUCAUAUAAAAUCAUCGACCCAAAUUUUUCUGUCGCAAAAAUGUUGAGAGAUGUAUGUGAUUGCAUGUUGGAAUUCAGUACUGAUUCAAACGAUAACUCACAAGAAGGUUCAAUGCCAAAAUCAAGCAUAGAUGUGUCAAAGGAAUCGGAGGUUGAUGGCACACCCGCCAUUGGGGGCAGUAAGGAUUUGGACACAGGUUCUCACUCAUCAAAUGGAUCAAUCCAAGUUAAUUCUUUUUCUGCCUUGGUUUCACCUCGAGGCCCCUUUUCACCAGCCCAUCAGAGCAGUUUGGAUGAUGCUGUACUGGUUUCCGAGAUGAACAGGACAAAUGAUAUUCCACAAAGUGAUGUUAGAAUGCAGCCGGAGGAUCCCGUGUCUCCAAAUUCACUCAGUUUAGUAGUUGUUCCACAUCACCAAUCUACAGAAGAUCGUAUAAGGUCUUAUCAUGAUGUUAGUGACCUUACAAAAGGAGAAGAGAAUAAUCAAAUUUCAUGGGUGAAUGAGUCAUCUACUAACGACUUUCCACCACCUUUCAACUACAUACCCCAAAACCUUGUGUUCCGAGAUGCUUAUGUUAACAUUUCUCUAUCUCGUAUUGGGGCUGAAGACAGUUGUUCCUGUAUAGGAAGUUGUGUCUUGUUGUCAGACACACAUUGUGCCUGUACAUGUAAAACUGGGGGUGAAUUUGCAUAUACAGCUCAAGGCCUAAUUAAGGAAGAAUUUUUGGAACAGUGUAUUGCUAUCAGUCACAACCCUCAACAGCAUUGCUUUUAUUGCAAAGAUUGUCCACUUGAAAGGUCAAAGAGUGAUGGUUGUUUGGAACCAUGUAAAGGACACUUGAAGAGAAAGUUUAUUAAAGAAUGUUGGAGCAAAUGUGGCUGUGGGAAACAAUGUGGAAAUCGCGUUAUUCAGCGAGGAAUAACAUACAACUUGCAGGUAUUUUUCACAUCCGAAGGAAAAGGAUGGGGACUUCGUACCUUGGAGGAACUGCCAAAAGGAGCAUUUGUGUGUGAGUUUGCUGGAGAAAUUUUAACCAUUAAAGAGUUGCAUGAGAGGAACAUUAAAUGUGCUGAAAAUGGGAAAUCUACUUACCCAGUUCUACUGGAUGCGGAUUGGGAUUCAACAUUUGUGAAGGAUGAAGAAGCUCUGUGCUUAGAUGCAGCGUCCUUUGGCAACAUUGCUAGAUUUAUCAAUCACAGAUGUUCUGAUGCAAACUUGGUUGAAAUCCCAAUUCAAAUUGAGUGUCCAGAUCGUUACUACUAUCAUUUCGCCCUUUUUACCACCAGAAACAUAGCAUCACAUGAAGAGCUCACUUGGGAUUAUGGCAUUGACUUUGACGACCAUGAUCAACCUGUCAAACUGUUCCAGUGCAAAUGUGGCAGUAAGUUCUGCAGGAAUAUGAAGCGAUCAAACAGAUCCACUAGGUCUGCGUUAAUUGCUGGAUGAUAGACAUGCUGCAUUGAACCAUUUUGUGGUCUCAUCCAGGUCCUUGCUGAGUCAUAACAAGACCCAGCUUACUCCAGGGAUGCAUGUUUUGGUUUUUUUUGGGAGCUUAUUACCGUUGGUGGUUGAGCUAUAGUUACUUUGUAUAGCUUUAUGGGAAGUAUUAGGCAGUCUUAUCCAAAAAAGACAAAUGAAUUAACUUAUUUUGGUCCUUCGUUAAUAUAUGUAGUUUAAUCUUCAGUUUGGAGCACCGUUAAGUAUAUGUAACUAACUGCUGUGUCGCACAUGAAGAUAUAUCAUGUUGCGAAAUUUUAUUGGCAUAUGUUUCUUAGUUUUGGA